UCAGUUCCGGCGUAAAUCAGAAGAAAUCGUCACUCAACACAAGAAAACAUACUCAAGUUACCACCCAGUACUAAUAGUACUAACUGUUUUUCCAUCGGUUGGAUGGCUGGAGACAGACAGAUAUAGAUUCAUUGACUCAUACUUUAGUUCCGCCAAAUUAAAUAGGAAGUUGUCACAUCACUCUCCCGGUUCCAUGCUCCCAUUCAUUCGCAUUCACUUAGCGAGGAAGACAGCACGAUGGUAUUGAGUUGGGUUGCACCAAAAUUUCUGAAAACGAGUAUUCUCUGGCGACUAUUAACUGUAAUCUUCACUGUAAGUUUGCCCUUGGCCCCCCAAGAGCGUCUGCCUCACAGUUCUGAGGACCGGGCCCCACCUGUGUGGAGUUUGCAUGUUCUCCCCGUGCCUGCGUGCGUUUUCUCCGGGCACUCCGGUUUCCUCCCACAUCCCAAAAACAUGCAUGAAAGUUUUGCCCAGAUUCAACUCAGAGGGGAGGUUGGUGAGAAUGUGAACAUUCACUGCCCUGUGGACAGACACAAGACCAUCACAUUCUUCUACUUUCAAAAGGGCCAAGAAUUUGUAAAUGGCUUCCAUACACUGAAAAAGAUACGAAAGGAGAAAUGGGAAAACACCAGCGUGGAAAACAACAGCGCAACAGUGCAAAUGGUCAAACUGAAGGCUUCGCAUAGUGGUGAAUAUCAGUGCUACAUUCAAUACAAGGGCGAGCCAAAUGUUUCUAACACAAUCAUACACCUCAGUGUCACAGCCAACUUCAGCAAGCCUACAGUGAUAACGUCCUGCCAUGCAAACCGCUGCCUGUUGACGUGUUCCUCACAUGGAGGUUAUCCGCGCAGUGAGUUGAUGUGGAAAGUUAUUGGGAACAGCAGCGGCCCGAUGUGGACAGUUCUGAAUGUGAGCGAAGAGAGCGAUCCAAACACAAUGUUGUACAACACUUCCAGUACCGUGUCCUUCAACUGCUCCUAUGGAGAAGAAAUGCUCAUUAGUUGUUCCAUGGGCGGUGUCACAUCUGAGUUGCUGUUUGUCUGUGUUCCAAAGCAUCGACCUGAAAUUGUAAAACCCACAAUCUGCUCAGUAGUGUUGUUCAUCGCAAUGAUUUUAUUGGUGCUGGUAUGGAAAUUCAUAAAAAAGCAAAAAAUGAGCUGCAGUAAGACGAAUAAUGUAGAUGUAGAUCCAAAAGAACUAAAGGCCCUCAAAUAAAGCUAAAGGGAGAGGAAUCUACAGUUAUGGACUGCUGAAGGAAACUCUCUUUUUGUCUUUUUUAUUUUAUAUUAAAACAGGAAGGCCUAUUUUGUCAGAAGCUCAAUUGAGCGGGAUUUUAUGCUGGUAUGUGACUUUUUUCACAUGCAUUGUAUUUUGUACUGUAUAUUUUCACAAGGUUGUCUGUUUGAUAUGCACGUGCAGUAUAUCAGUUAAAUGCAAGAAGUAAAAUUAAGAGUUUGCCUCUUUCGUGUACAAAGUUAAGUAAGGUGUUCAAAAUAAUAGAAACACCUCUUAUGGCACAGUCAAGUUCUACACUACUGCAGAUUACAACUAUACAAUAAUAAAUAUUUUUUAAUGAAUACUGUAUACACUAUUAUAAUUGCACCUACAGGACUUGUAGCUAUCUGUGGUUAAGCUUUUGUAUUACAUUUAUUUCAUUCAAAAAGCUGUAGGCUGAAGUAUCCAGUUGUAAUUGAACAUUUAUAUCUUAAGUUCCCAUUACUGUUUUACAUGCACACCAUAUUUAAUAGAAGCUUCCACUUCCUUUGUCUA